CUGAACAGACGAUGUCUUUAUAGUCAUCUAGCUACAUUUAGUUACACCGAGGACGGAUAUUAUAGUUCGUGGUUACAUACUAUUGACACUUACAUUUUUCUUUGUAGAAGAUCUUCUCACUGCCAUUAUUUCCUCUUCCUUCUUCUCCUCUUCGUCUGUCGUCGUCGAUCGUUGUCUCAAAUAUUUCUUUGAUCGUCGUCGAUCAAUCAGUUAUACUGGAUUAUUGAUCUCCACAUUAUAUACAUAUAAAUUAUUAUUAUCUAGGUUAUAAUGCACAAUCUAAUUUGCUAAACUCGUAGACAGACUGGUUACAUGACGAAAGUUUAGAGAGCACUUGUUUAGAUCGCAUCAAUCAACACGACUGCGUGACACGUUCCCACAUGUUUUCACGAAAUAAAUGUUGGCCACGUCUGUGUGGAUUCAUGUUGACUUUAUUUUUAUUUGAAAUGGUUAACUUAAGAUAUAAUUAUUAGCUUAGUUUUAGGUUAUAACAUAAAGGCAAACAUUGCACAACCUUCAGAAAUGUACCGGCGUAGGGUUCUAUUAACACUGCCAUUGACUCACACGUACGGCUCUGCCUUGCGCAAGAUCAAUAGAAAAAGCUGUUUCGGUACUUGCGAACGAGAUAUGCUGUGGUUAACCACUCACAUGACCUGGUUAGAUGCCUUAAAAGUGCAAUAGUUGGGUUUAAAAAGAUUCCAAGGUGGUAUAUGAGGCAAGAUUCACACGUCGAGGUCUUAUAUACCCGGAGUAAUUUAAACGUACAGAUCUAGGAAGUCCAGAAAACGACUAUAACAUGUACUAGAAUCGAAAGUAAAGAUUCCAUUUUGAGCAACCCAUUAGACUAGUAACCAUGGCGCAACGUGGAGGUCAGGCCCAGGGUCAGGAUAACAUCUUCAGGAUUGCACCGUACUACUUCAUUCAUGUUCUUGAUCAAAAUACCAAUGUUACAAAGAUUGAGAUUGGGCCACAGACCUACAUCCGCCAAGACAAUGAAAGGGUUGUCUUUGGACCAGAGAAGAUGACAGUAGUGCCACCACGGCAUUACUGUGUGGUUGAGAACCCUGUUUUACGAGACAAAGAUGGAAAAGUUGUUGUUGACAAGUCUGGGCAGGUUAAGCUGCAACAUGCAGAUCUUGAAAUCCGCUUGGCACAAGAUCCCUUUCCUCUCUACCCUGGGGAGGUUCUCAAGCAGCCUGUUACACCUCUUAAAAUAGUUCCAGCCAAUUCUGCCUUACGACUAAGAGCUGUUUUGGAUUAUGAGGAUGAGUCAGGAGAAAAACGAACAGCUGGAGAUGAGUGGCUUUUUGAAGGCCCAGGAACCUACAUACCUCGGAAAGAAGUUGUUGUGGAUGAAACAAUCCGAGCAACUGUUGUUCGCCCCAAUCAGGCCAUUCGCUUGCGUGCUCGUAAGGAAUGCAAUGAUCGGGAAGGUACUGAUAGGGUGACUGGGGAAGAGUGGCUGAUGAAGAAAACUGGUGCCUACCUACCAGGGGCUUAUGAGGAGGUGGUCGACAUUGUAAAUGCCUAUGUCUUGACUGACAAGAAAGCACUUCACAUGAGAGCUUUGAGAACAUUCAAAGAUGACUUUGGUGUGACUCGCAAGAAUGGUGAAGAGUGGCUAAUUACACUGAAAGACACAGAGACACAUAUUCCCAAUGUGUAUGAGGAGGUUGUUGGAGUGGUAAACAUAACUACCCUGAACAACCGACAGUAUUGUGUUAUUCUGGAUCCUUGUGAUGACUUAGGCCGUCCUCAGCUUGGACAGAAGAAAUUGAUCAAGGGAGAGCGAUCAUUCUUCCUCCUUCCUGGUGAGCAGCUUGAGAAAGGAAUUCAGAAUGUAUACAUUCUUGGUGAAGACGAGGGUCUCAUUCUUCGAGCUAAUGAAGCCUUUAAGGAUGGGUCGGUUGAGCGCAAACCAGGUGAUCGGUGGAUGAUCAGGGGACCAGUUGAAUAUGUUCCCCCUGUUGAAGUGGAUGUUUUGAUGAAGCGACAGACUAUCCCUCUGGAUGAGAAUGAAGGAAUUUAUGUUCGGGAUGUCAAGACUGGCAAGGUGAGAGCCAUCACAGGUGCAACAUAUAUGCUGAACCAAGAUGAGGAGCUGUGGGAAAAACAACUCCCCCCAGUUGUUGAACAGCUUUUGGCAGGUGGAAAAGAUCCUUUGGCAGACCGCGCUGACCGUGGUGGUGAUGCCACUCGCUCUACCAAACCUCGUGACAGGACUCACGUAGUAUCCUUUCGUGUUCCUCAUAAUGCUGCUGUGCAGAUCUAUGACUACAAGGAAAAGAAAGCAAGAGUGGUCUUUGGGCCUGAACUGGUGAUGCUAGGCCCUGAUGAGCAGUUUACACAGCUUAGUCUCUCAGGAGGCAAACCCAAGAAACCCAAUCAGAUCAAAUCUCUCUGCCUGCUACUGGGACCAGAUUUCUGCACUGAUAUAAUCACUGUAGAAACUGCAGACCAUGCCCGCCUGUCACUGCAGUUAUCAUACAACUGGCAUUUUGAAACAGGUAGUAAAACACCCGAGGAUGCAGCAAAGCUCUUCUCUGUCCCAGAUUUCACAGGCGAUGCAUGCAAAGCAAUUGCCUCUCGCAUUCGUGGUGCUGUGGCCCAAGUGCAGUUUGAUGACUUUCACAAGAACUCAGCCAAGAUCAUUCGUUCCUCUGUCUUUGGUUUUGAUGCUAACAGCAAAGUGAGGGAGAAGUUCACCUUUCCCCAGAACAACCUCGUCAUAACUAGCAUAGACAUCCAGUCUGUGGAGCCUGUGGACCAGCGUACACGCGAUGCUCUACAAAAAUCUGUGCAGCUGGCUAUUGAGAUCACAACAAACUCUCAAGAAGCUGCUGCUCGGCAUGAGGCUGAGAGACUUGAGCAAGAAGCAAAAGGAAGACUGGAGCGACAAAAGAUUGUUGAUGAGGCUGAGGCAGAAAAGUCCCGUCGCCAUCUACUGGAGCUUCAAGCUCAGAGUGCAGCUGUUGAAAGCACAGGUCAGGCAAAGGCAGAGGCCCAGAGUCGUGCAGAAUCAGCCCGCAUUGAGGGAGAGGCUGCAGUGGAGCAAGCAAAGCUAAAGGCCCAGGCCAUGAAGAUUGAAGCUGAAUCCGAGCUGGAACGUCUGACAAGUGCUCGUGAAGCAGAGCUCAAAUAUGUUUCUGAGCAAAAUGAUCUAGAACUAAACAAAUCCAAGGAACUUGCCGCCAUUGAAUCUACUAAGUUCAGAAGUAUGGUUGAGGCCAUUGGAGCAUCAACUCUUGCUACUAUGGCCAGUGCUGGAACUGAGACGCAGGUGAAGAUGCUACAGGCAUUGGGACUCAAAUCCACACUCAUCACCGAUGGCACUUCACCCAUCAACCUCUUCACCACAGCUUCAGGACUUAUUGGUGGAAUGGCGCUCAGCAAACGUCGCCGCUUGUCUGAUGAUGAGGACAACGAUGAUGUUUGAGGAGAUCUUGAUUUUUAAAGUUGUUGAUGUUUUUCUUCAAAAAAGCUGCUGAUUCUGUGGCAGUGACUUAUGCAUUGUGGUUAUGAAGUAAUGUUUUGUUCCAAGUGACCAGAAGUAAAAAUCAGGCAGUUUUUGUGGUUAUAAAGUUUUUUGUGCAGAGAAGACCAGAAAUAAAAUUCCAUCAGCAUAGUUAUUAAUAUUUUCAAAAUAAAAAAAUGUUGUUACAUUUAUCCUUAUCAACAAUAUUUGUCAAAAAAAAGUUUCAGAAUCUUAGCAAUAUUGUUGAGAAGCUCAGCAACUGUUUCAGAAAAAGCUGAGGGAGAAAGGAGGAGCUUGUGUAUGAAAAUAUUUUUCAAGGUUUUGAGAUAUUCUCAGCUUUACUAACAACUUUAUUAACAAAGCAAAUUUUGAUAAAGGCUUUUUGCGGUAUUUAGUAAUCAAGUAGAAAACAAAUAUUGUUGGAUUACAUUUUUAUGAAUCACCCUUUUGUAAAGUGAAUUGUUGACAUUUUCACAAAGAAGAAUGCUGUGAUUAUUCUUGGUUUUAUAUUGAAAAUUUUUCUUGAUAUUUUGUGAUGUCUGUAUGAUGUAUAAAAUGCUUAAUAUAAGCACUUUCUUUAAUUAUAUUUUAAGAUACAUUUUGUUGUAGCUGGGGUUUAUUUGGACAUAACUGCCUGCCUUAAAACUGCCUCACUUUUUUCAGGAUCACAUAUGAAGGCUUUGUUAUGGUCCCUCAUCUGCUGCACAGCAUUGUGCCUGUUUCUGCAGAAUAACAGUUUGUGUGUCUAUGUGUGUGAUCUGAGACCCCAUCAGGUUUGGAUAAAAUGGUGACCAUUUUAUUUUCAGUUAUUUAGUUACUUCAUGGAGAUUGGCACAAAGAGCCUUACUACAUGCAGUGAAAAUAGCAUUUUGAAUUAGCGUGUACUUUAAGAUAUUUAUAUGAGCACUUUGUCUAGAUGGAUCUGCAAGAGGCACAACAAUUUGAUGGUUUACUUAUGGAAAGGUGUAUGUAUUGAAGUUUUUUAAAACUGUUUUGUUAGAUGAUGGCAAUAUUCUAUCACUCUUGUUGAGAGAAUUUUCAUUUUUUCAUGCACAGCUAGAUAAAUAAAGUGUUUGCUAAAUGAGUGCUUAGUAUCAUAAAUAAAAACGCUGAAACACAA